AUGUCUGGGCCCACCUGGCUCCCUCCGAAGCAGCCCGAGCCCUCCAGAGCCUCUCAGGGGAGAGCGUUUCCCCGGGGUUCCCCCGGGCCGUCCGCGGCCCACGGAGCAGCACUCCAGCCCCACCCCAGAGUCAAUUUUUGCCCCCUCCCAUCUGAGCAGUGCUACCAGGCUGCAGGGGGACUGGAUGAUCGGGGGCCAGCCUGGGGCGGGUCCCAUGGAGCACCCCAGCGCCCACAGGGGCCCUCCUCAGAUAGAGGGGGCUCAUGCCCACGAAGUCUGGAUGCUGAGAUAGAUUCGCUGACCAGCAUGCUGGCUGACCUGGAUGGGGGUCGUGGUCACAUACCUCGGGGACCAGACCGACAGACUUAUGAGCCCCCUGCCUACCCCAUGGGCUCCCUGAAGCCGAACGGAGGGGGUGUAUCAGCCAUGCCGCUCCCAGCAUCCCCCUAUGGGGGUCCCACUCCAGCCUCGUAUGCUACUGCCAGCACCCCAGCGGGCCCUGCCUUCCCUGUGCAAGUGAAGGUGGCCCAGCCAGUGAGGGGCUGUGGUCCACCCAGGAGGGGGGCCUCUCAGGCUUCUAGGCCCCUCCUGGGCCCCCAUGUUCCUCUCGGAGGCAGAGCUGAAGUCUGGGGAUCUGGCUAUAGGAGCCACAGGGAACCAGAGCCAGCGGGUAAAGAGAAGAUUGCUGGGGUCCCUGGCCCUGCAGGAGGAAGAGGAGGCAGGUAUGGGCCCCAGGUCCCCCUGAACCAGCCUCCUGAGGAGGAGCUUGAGAGGCUGACCAGGAAACUGGUGCAUGACAUGAACCACCCACCCAGCGGGGAGUACUUUGGCCGUUGUGGGGGUUGCGGAGAAGAUGUGGUCGGGGAUGGGGCCGGGGUGGUGGCCCUUGACCGAGUCUUCCAUGUCGGCUGCUUUGUCUGUUCUACGUGCCGGGCCCAGCUUCGGGGCCAGCAUUUCUAUGCUGUGGAGAGGAGGGCUUACUGUGAAAGCUGCUAUGUGGCCACCCUGGAGAAGUGCUCCACGUGCUCCCAGCCCAUCCUGGACCGGAUCCUGCGGGCCAUGGGGAAGGCUUACCAUCCAGGCUGCUUCACCUGUGUGGUGUGUCACCGUGGACUCGAUGGCAUUCCCUUUACGGUGGAUGCCACCAGCCAGAUCCACUGCAUUGAGGACUUCCACAGGAAAUUUGCUCCCCGAUGCUCUGUGUGUGGCAGGGCCAUCAUGCCUGAGCCAGGUCAGGAGGAGACGGUGCGAAUUGUCGCCCUGGAUCGGAGUUUUCACAUUGGCUGUUACAAGUGUGAGGAGUGUGGGCUGCUGCUGUCUUCCGAGGGUGAGUGUCAAGGCUGCUACCCACUGGAUGGGCACAUUUUGUGCAAGUCCUGCAGUGCCUGGCGCAUCCAGGAGCUCUCAGCCACCGUGACCACCGACUGCUGA